AUCUCAGAUCUAACGGUUGAAAAGCUCCUGGAGCACCUAAUCUUAGGUGCUCGCGUAGCACGAGAUAUCCUCCCUUAUGUGGACAUCUCAUUUCUUCUUCUUUGUUCCCGGUAUUUCCCAAUCAUCAAAAUGUGUCACUUCCACAUCAGAAAUUCCAAGAGGUGGGCCAGCCCUUACACGCUAUAUAUAGAGCCGGAGUCCACCGCCCAAACCAUCAAACCAACUUCCUCUCCUUCCCCCCCGAACCAUCCUUAUCACAGCCUCUCCUUCUCUUCGUUCGCUGCUCUCGUCGUAGCCCACGCAUCUUGUUGCUUUUCUCCCGGCGCUUCUUCAGUCUUUCUCCCUGUGUCGGUCCGCGCUCUCGUCAUGAUGAACCACGCCGCCUUUGCUGCCGAGGACGCGGUCACCGCCGUGGCGGCGCCGGCGCAGCCGGGUCGCCAUUUCGUGUCGCUCCCGCCGCGGAGGGCGCGCGACUGCAGGAAGGCCUCCCUGAGCCGCAUGGACCUUGCCACCUCGGCGGUGCUGAUGGCCGGGUCUCUGCUGGACUCGAUGAAGGCCUCCUCGCCCCGCCACGCCAUGUCCCCCGCCGGCGCCGACCACGAGGAGUGGAUCGAGAAGCACCCGUCAGCAUUGGAGUGGUUCGAGGGCGUGCUGGCGGCGGCCGAGGGAAAGCAGAUCGUCAUGUUCCUGGACUACGACGGCACCCUGUCGCCGAUCGUCGAGGACCCCGACCGCGCCGUCAUGACCGAAGAGAUGAGGGAUGCGGUGAGGGGCGUCGCCCAGCAUUUCCCGACCGCCAUCGUGAGUGGGAGAUGUAGAGACAAGGUGUUCAACUUUGUGAAACUGGAGGAGCUGUACUACGCCGGGAGCCACGGCAUGGACAUCAAGGGCCCAACCAAAGUGUCCAACCACAAGGCAAAGGCUGACGAGGUUCUGUGCCAGCCGGCGACCGAGUUCUUGCCUGUCAUUCAGGAGGUGUAUGAGACGCUGACGGCGAAGAUGGAGUCCAUCCCGGGGGCCAUGGUGGAGAACAACAAGUUCUGCCUCUCGGUGCACUUCCGCUGCGUCGAGGAGGCGGAAUGGGACGCUCUGGGCAGGGAGGUGAAGGCGGUGCUGGAGGACUACCCGAAACUCUGCCUCACCAAGGGGAGAAAGGUCCUCGAGAUCCGCCCCUUCAUCAAGUGGAACAAAGGAAACGCCCUUAAGUUCUUGCUCAAGUCUCUCGGCUAUGCGGGGCGUGGCGACGUUUUCCCGAUAUAUAUUGGAGAUGACCGCACAGACGAGGAUGCGUUCAAGGUGCUGCGCAACAUGGGACAAGGCAUCGGGAUCCUUGUGACCAAGUUUCCAAAGGACACUAGCGCAUCGUACUCUCUGCGUGAGCCUGCUGAGGUAAAGGAGUUCAUGCGCAAGCUAGUGAAGAGCAACGGGAUAAAGAAGGGUUAAUUCAUGAAUCAGCAGCCUUCUAGCUCUAACUCAACAUGAAGAUCGAGCAGGCUAUAUGGCUUGUACAUCAAGUCUAGCUUGUUUCCUUUUUGGACUUGCUGUUGUCUCUCCUUUCAUCUAGUAGAACAAUGCAUGCAUGCGUGUCAAGGUCGAUAUAGAAGAUCCAGAUCGAUCAGUGACCCAUGCCAGGCCUUGGCUCUGAAGGUUUCUAUUACUGUAUCCUUCUCUCAAGGUCUUGUAAUUAGCCUUCGCUUAGCUAUGACAGAAAUGGUAUUGACAAAGUAGCCCUCCUUUUUCUCGCCCUGCACUAUAAAAUUGUUUUAUUGCUUGCAUCGUCGUUAGCUUGUUCUGAUGUGAUCUCUGUUGAGAAGUUGUUAAAGAUAUUAUUGUGUUAGAGCAUCUUC